AUGCCAACUCAAUCUGGAUCAUGGAUUAACACCGAGGUUAUUCUGUGUCUCCAUGAUGCACACCCACUACUGAUCUGUCUCAGCUUUAAAAAACCCACAGCCGCCGAGUCCAGUACUCCGUUAUUUGGUUGUAAACCCAGUGACCAUACCCUAUGUUCCUUGGAUCUCAGCUCCCUCUUCCUGUGUUUCUCAGCCCCAACUUGUGAAACCUUACAGCCCACACUGUCCUCUGGACUUUGGUUGCCUUUAGCUUUACCUGUCCCUGUCCUGGGUUAAUCGUCCUGGCUUUUCGCUCGCUGGAUGAUAUGUCUUUACAUUUCUGUAAUAGAUCUCCUGUCCUGCCAUAAACUCACUGUGAACUUUGUCUUUAAUGCAGGUUUUCUUGGGAGUGGUGAUUUAUAACGAUGUACAGUCUGCCUUCAAUCAGAUUCCAAAUGAAGGUUCUAUCUACUAACAAUGGCAUAAAGUAAGGCUUGACAAAUCUCAGAACAUACAUAAGAAUGCAAGCGAUAUAUGUAACAAAGAUAAAAGAUUGACCACAACAUCUGGCAGGUCACAGAGAGAUUUGUAUUAAAAGGAUCAAACUGCAUAAUGCAGACCAAAUAUUAUACUCGAUAACUGACCGAAACCAUCAGAAAGUUUGUUAGUUUGCCUGGAACCCAUCCCCAUGUUAAUGUGUGUGGUGAAACCAAACAUGAUAAAACUCCCUACAGUGCAGACAAAAAAAAAAUUACCGUUGUAAAUCACCUCUAUACCUCUGGGAAAUCCCCCUGUAAUGCUCAAGGGGAAUUUCCCGAAGUCCAUUAUUAUAUACAGGCGAUGCACAACAGUAAUCUAUACAUUGUGUGUAUACAAUAAAAUAUAUAUGUAAAUAUAAAAUAAAAGUACUCUGAGGUACUCUGUAAAUACAAAGAUAAAGGCUGAUUGUAGCAGUCUCUAGAGAUACAAGUAUCUAGAAUCUCUCCCACUUUCCGUUAACUAGAUAGCUCUCUCAUCCACUCAUUACGGCCCAGUUAGAUGGAGCUAAUAUCGAUAAUAUAGAUAUGUAUAUACCAUAUUGUUAGUAUAGGGGAGUGAGCUAAUCACUAGAGAAUCAUUCCACAGUCGGCAUUGUACCGACCCUGACUAUAUACAGGUUUCAUGCCGUGUUAAGCACACUGUAAAAUGUUUGACAGCAGCUCUUUUUGUCGGAAUAAAUGGGAGUCUGGGCACAGGGCUUUGUAUUUGAUUUUAUAUUACCCAGCCAUGUUACAAGGCUGCCACCCACCCCUGUGUCUUAUUAAGGUUUAAUAAUGUGUUUAAGGGGUUUAUAAAAUAUAUUGUUUUUAAAUACCCCUUUCUGUCUCAUUAGAGAUUUUACAGUUUAGCUGAAGACUGCAAGGUGAAUUGUUAGUGUUGGACUCACCUAAGAGGUUUUGCCUUGACGUCGCAGGUGAGCUUACACUUUAAUGGCUAUUGGAGUGAUCCUAAAAACCUCCGGUUAUUAAAAUGUGCGUAGGGAUCUGGGAUUGUGCGCAUGUAGCCAUAUGAAAUUAUUAUUAUUUUACUAUUUAUAUAGCGCCAUCAGAUUCCGUAGCGCUGUACAAUGGGACAUGUCUGGUUCUAAAUAUUUGGAACCAUGACAAACCCUACAAAUAACCCUACUUGAAUACAGGUGUGCCUGCCGGUCCUUCGAUCACUUUGGACGAUACAUUCUCGCCCAAACUUUCUUGUAUAAUUUAAAUUUUGCAUAGGACAAUGUGUCGCUGACCCCUGCUUGCACUCUACAGACACUGGCAAACCCCCUCCCCCACACAAUACAAACCAUCUCCAUUAUUCAAAUCCUACAUUGUCUGAACGUAUCAUAUCAUUGCUUGUAGUCACAGCGUACAAAUAACGCACAGUCUUGCCAAAAUUAAUGAAUGCUCUCCGUUUGAACAGAUGGUUGGGGAUUAAGGAUCACGAGGAGUUGAAUAGACAUAUAUUGAAAUAUAUAACAGGAGCUUUGUAUUGUCUUUGUGUAGAAACUGCCUCUUCGUCUCAUGUUUUCAAAAGUAAUGUUUUAUUUCUCUUAUAAUGUAAUAUGGGGUUUACCAUGCAGACUUGUUCUGCUGUUGUCUUCUGCAAGGAUUGCGACCAAUGAUGGUCUGCUUAAAAAUCGGAAUAUUUAGGACUACAAAUAACCCAACAUAUUAGUAAAUAGAUACUAAAAGAAAAUGGCAAGAAAGAAUGAAUGCAUUGACCCCCUUAUUAGCGGAUAAACCUUUAAAUCAAUUUAAAAAGAUCUCUCUGCAAAAUCAGACCAUGGUUCCUCUGUUUCCCCUCCACCCCCCUUUCAUUUUCUGUCCAAUAUAUUUCCAUUCUCUUUGUUCCUUUCUCCUGAGUUUGGGGAAUUAUAUUAGGCUGCGAUUAAGGGAUCCUUCAAUGACAAACGCACGUCCUCAAAAAUGGCAAAAAUCCAUAGAAAAGGUGUGCAAUUUUCCUAUUAAAAAUAACAUUACAAAUGGCAAGUAAGUGUGAGUGUAGAGACACUGCCAGUACUGGAUACCAGUCGUAACUACGGAUUGCAUUGCGCCAAUCAAUGUAAGUUUUACAGAUUUUAUUGAUUGUUUUGAUUUGCCAAAUUUAAUAAAAGGAUAAAAAGUGACAGCAAUUUAGGGAGAGAAUUGGAUAAUAUCUGAACAUGGAGAUAAUAAAUGUCAACAUUGCCGGUACUGCGCAGUAGAGAGAGAAUUCAGGUGGGUAGUUACUGGGAAACUGUCCCAACUCUAAACGGACAGGGAUUUAUUUAUCAAGCUUCCAAGGAGAGAAAUAUAUGUAUCUUGUCUUUGUUAAUAUUUUGGAUUUACAUCAAUCCCCAAGACGAGUUGACGCACAGGAGCAGACGGUGUUGAGGGCUCUGCUCAAACAUACUUACAUUCUAGAGGUCAAGUGCCACUAAAGGUAAGGGUAGAAUGUAUUCCAUAUAUGGGAAAAAGUAGGUUACUGCAAUAGUUUUGUAGUUAAAGGACCACUCUAGGCACCCAGACCACUUCAGCUUAAUGAAGUGGUCUGGGUGCCAGGUCCAGCUAGGGUUUACCCAUUUUUUAAUAAACAUAGCAGUUUCAGAGAAACUGCUAUGUUUAUUAAUGGGUUAAGCCUUCCCCCUAUUCCCUCUAGUGGCUUGCGCGCAUUCAGCCGGCGGGGCGUAACGGAGGAGAGGAGGCAGAGAGCUCCCCGCCCGGCACUGGAAAAAGGUAAGUUUUAACCCCUUUCCCCUUUCCAGAGCUGGGCGGGAGGGGGUCCCUGAGGGUGGGGGCACCCUCAGGGCACUAUAGUGCCAGGAAAACGAGUAUGUUUUCCUGGCACUAUAGUGGUCCUUUAAGGAUAAGUUUAUUGGCUGGCAAGUUGCAGGAGAGGAAGCAGGGUGUAUUACCAAAGUGCGGGGAGGGAAAGCCAUUAACAGUUUAAAUGCUUUCCAGAAUAAGUGGGAUUUUAAUGAUCUUUAUAAGGAACUGGGUGAGAGUCUAACGGAGCCGAGAAGGGAGUUUCACAGGAUUGGUGCAGCCCUAGGCGAGUCUUAGAAGCAGGCGUCAGAGGUGCAACUACGAACAGAGAAUAACGUUCCAAUAAAAAAUAUAAACUUAUGGAGAGAAAGAUAAACAACAAAAUAAAUGAGUUUGUUCUGACAGGAUAAUCAAAGAGUUAAGCCUUCAUUUAUUUAUUUUUAUUUUAAGUAUCUGAGAGUCCUCUGUUCUUGUGAUGGCGUCCCAGUCCUUAGCACCCUGUAAUCACAAGGUUAAUCUCCUCUAAUGUUUCUAAUUUACAGUUACUUUAGCCUGUGCCAUACAUUUAUAUUAAGGAUUCAUUUGACUCAUUUCAUGUUGCCAAAUACAUGGAUUCCUUAAAUUGUCCCAUUAAACUCCAAUAAACAAAUCCCAACAGAUUGCUUUAUCCACAAAUCUGGCUAUUGGCCUUAAAAGCUACGUUAUCCCUGUGGCAAGUCUUAUGGUCUGUGCAGCUGAUACGUAGGAUAUCAUGGGAUCGUGGCAUUAUCUGGUUUUUAAGCAAGAUUUCAAGUGAAUGAUGAAAUGACAAGUCUGAGACAAGGAGACAGAAUAAACCACAAGAAUUAUAUUGGAUUGAGGAAUUGAAUAUCCUGUAAUAGGUAUGAGCAGAGACUCUGAUCUUUCUCCAUAUCUGUGAUGUAUUAUUACGUAUUGAGCAUUAUAUUACGUAUGGUUUAUUAAUUAUCUGUCUUUUCUAGCACAGAAGCUGAAUGUAAGAGUGAUCUCCUUUGGCAGAAAUCGGAUCUUCCUGAUUACAAUGGCUCAACAGGUAAGAUGGCUAUACCCAACAUUUGUAUUAAUAUUUGCUGAUUGUUUGAGAACAGUGAUUAGUACUUACACAUAAAAGCUGGAAAAAGGGGUCUAUGAUCACAAAAUCACAGAAGUUGUAAUAAAGAGCUUGUGAUGUUCAAGCACAUAUAUUAAAGUGGAAAUGUCAAUUCUCCGGAAUGUAUACCAGCAAAUAACACAUGAAAAAAGGUUAAUACUAGUUGUAGGUGAAUACAAAUACAAAAAGAUAAGUCCUGCGCUCACUCCCAUCACUACUGGGCCGGCAGCAAUGACUACAGUGCACAUCAGCCCCAAUAGAGAGUAAAAACCAAAGAAAAAGUUACCUGCACUCUCCCCUUAAUCCCUAUGUGUAUUUAGACAAAUGGAGGUCAUUUAGUUGCUCCAAUGGCCAUUGGAGGGAAUGCCCACCUGCCAACGUCAAGGCAGACACCCCUACAGCGGGUCCUACACUGACCCUUUCACCUUGCUUCCUUGAGCUUCUGGCAAAGAUAUCUCUAAUGAGAGAGGGGUAUUUUUUUAUAUACACCCCUAUAUACUUAUUAGCCCUUAAUAGGGAACACAUGGGAUGGGAGGCAGUUGUAGGUGAGUGUUAAUGAGAUGCUCUGUUUUCAUUUAAUGUUUUAUUAAAGAUUUAGCAACUUACAGCAUAAUCCAGUUCAGACAAGGCUCAGGCAGGGCACACAAUGCAAAUGAGAAAUAGAAAGAUUGUUUCAUUUCUCGUCUCUAUGCUGACUGCCAGGUGCAAAGGGCGGAGCUUAUAACAAUGAUUGACAGGGAGCCAAGAUGGAGGCACCCAUCUCCAGGUCAAAGAGGUGUGGAUUUUUUUUUAAUUAUUUCCUUUCACAUCUCACAAAUACAUAUAUGUUUAAUAUAUGGAUAAUUAAAUCUAUUACAUUUCCUGGGAAGUGACUUUCGAUCUUAAUGUUAAUAACCAUAUUCAUAAAACAUGUAAUAAAGUAACAGGAUAUCUUUACCUUUCAGAUAAAGACAUUUGUCCAAUAACCAUAAAAACGUAUUCAGGAUACACGUCUGUAAACAAAGGGUGACACACUGUACUGUUUUGCUCGUUAGCACAGAAUUAGGAAUAGGAAAUGUCUUGGUACUCAGAGAUCGGGACAAUCUUGAGCAAUUAACGAUCUUUUAAUUUGUCAUAUUACUAAACCCGGAAUAUGGUUUAUCGAAAGAAAUCUAUAUGUUGUUUUAUAUAAGGGAUUUCUUUUGGCGCAAUGCUUAUAUUUUUAACGCAUCCUUUAUUAAGAAAACAUAUUAAAUUAUAUAUAUUUUAUAAUUAGCGUAAAUCAGUUGGUGCAAAUGUUUUAGCUAUACAUUUUAUUAAUUGUCCUGAUUUGGGGGAACUCUCAUAUUUAAAUAUUUAUGUUUAAAUUAGAUUUUUAUAGUUAAAGGUCACAUAACAAAGUGCGUGAUUGUUUCAAUAUUUAUAUUUUUAGUUAUAUAGUUUGCAUUCUAGGAAUUUUAGCUUAUAUACAAUCAUAGCGCUCAAAAUAACAACAAAAAAUAGCUGCAUGAAAAAUGUCAAAAUGCACCUAAAAUGCACGUGUCUGCAUUUCAAAGUAAUACUUUUAUCAGUAUCUUACAAUGGCCUUGAUUUUAAUAUUUUACAUAAUAUUAAAUAAUUUUAAUAGUUUAUCCAAAAAUAUUAAUAUUAAAGUGAUUAAGGUUCACCUGAUUCAUGCUAUGCAUAAGGAUAUAGUGCUGCUUUUAGGACAUGUGUACUAUGAAUUUCAAACUGUAAUCUUACAUUGAAAGAGUCACAGAAUCAAGAGAGGUUAGAGAAAGUUAUGAAACUUCCGGGUUAAAGAAACUUUGAAUUGAAUAAAGUUAUGGUUAGGGUUGGUGAGAGUUAACGUUAGAGACUUGGGUUUCGUUAGACCCGGUUAGCCUUACGUUUGCCUUCCAUGUGAGAAUGAUGGCAGUUGAAGGACUAAAGCCAGUGGACAUUAUAUUAUUUUUAAAUAGUCAAACGAGGGGAGGGAGGGCAGAGCCUGACCAGUGAGCUGACAAGACGUGUCUCGCAUGAGCUCCUGCUGUAUGAGCGAUAUACACAGAAAUUUUUCGUGCUGAAGUGCUGGAAAACUCGAUAUACAGAGCCCUACAAGCCUUUGACACCAGUACCAACGAUUUGAGUGUCCCCGCGGAUGACCCCCCAAUCUGAGCUGCCACAGCCUCAUACUCAUCAGUGGGCCCUGCAUUACUCCCCAGCUGAAUGGGAGCAGAGGUCUCCAAGAUGGCGGACAUACCAGGCCCAGCUACACAUGGCCUGCGACUGCAACAGCCUGACACGUCAGGCCCUAUUAACAAAGCAAUGGACACUCUUGAAGCUAUCUUCGACAGAUUCUGGCCUAAGCUGCUAGACCACACAAGGCCGGCAAUGGCUACACACGUGGCACCUACAGGAGAACAAGAUCGCUGCAAGGGGAGGCCUUGGAAACCUCUCAAAGGCGCAAAGUUGUCCCAAGCUUCUGCAACCUGCACACGCUGCCCGCCUGGGUCGAGAGUGAAGAGGGUUCUGACCCAAAAGUACCAGCCACACACACGGAGGGCUAUAAGGCGCAAACAAAGACCCCCACCGAUAGCACGCAGUGUCUACCAUACUAUAACGAACAGGAAGACCCUGGACCUCAAAGGAUUUCAGGUUCGUGGCAAGGGGGUACCGGCUCUCCCACAACCCCAACGCUGUACUACUCCCCAAAGUGGACUGAGCCCAUAUCUGAGCCAUGACCCCCGUAGGAGAGUCGGAUGACUGUAAUGCCUAUUAGCUCGAGGGGCUAUCAUGGUUACCCGCACCUUAAGUCCACCACGAAUUACACUGGACUCAGAUGCCAAGCUCUGCUAAAGAUGGUGCCAGAUCGGGCGGUAUACCUACGCAGCUUGACUACCGAUCAUAUCACAUUCUGUGUUCUCUUAAAGUCUACUCUUCCUAAUGCAAUUUGCAUGCCUUAUAGUACUGCAGUUUCUAGACACAUUUUAGUUAGUCUACAGGAAAUUAGGCUCCACAGGUGCUUAUUCUAUGUCUAUGUUUACAAGUACCUUUCUCACACAGAAUGGUAUAGACAGAUACUCUCCAUGCUUUACUAGGCUGGUCACAGCUUUUCUUACAUACUAUUCUCCCAACCUCUAUAACUAAAGCUUGUGUAUUGUUUUACUCAACUUGCAUCUCAAUACUGGUCUACGCUUCACCUAAUGAUACCUUAGAGCUUAUCUCCUCAUGAUUCUGCAAUUGCAUCACUAACAUUAUCUAAAGCUACUCCAUCUUGUUUUACCUUAUCCUAACUAAAAAUAGUGGUACACAGGCAUGGCAUGUAGAUACGUUGCACUAUGUAUGAUUAUAUAUGUCGGUUGAUGCAGUCAUGGCGCCACAAACUUGUUUGUAACUUCCCGCACUGCAAAAAAAAAAAAGUCAAAGUGCAAACCAUGCACAAUUUCUUUAUUAAAUCUUAUUUUUUCCCUCUUCCAACAUUGGACUCUAGGGGGUGGAAGGGGUUAAAUUUACCUCUUUCUCCAGCGCCGGGCGGGGGACUCUCCUCCUUCUCGGCUGAAUGCGCAUGCACGGCAUGAGCCGCGCACACAUUCAGCCAGUCCAUAGGAAAGAAUUCACAAUGCUUUCCUAUGGAGGCUGGUGUAUUCUCACUGUGAAAAUCACAGUGAGAAGCGCGGAAGCGCCUCUAGCGGCUGUCAAUGAGACAGCCACUAGAGGCUGGAUUAACCCUAAUAUAAACAUAGCAGUUUCUCUGAAACUGCUAUGUUUACAGCAGAAAGGGUUACUCCUAGAUGGACCUGGCACCCAGACCACUUCAUUAAGCUGAAGUCGUCUGGGUGCCUAUAAUGGUCCUUUAACUCUGCAGUUGUAAUAAUUGCAUUGGAGGGCUAUCUCCACCUCUGCAUGCUGUCUACGCCGCUGCCCCCCUUCCUCCCCCCCUUCAGUAUGCCACUGCAGCCACCACUAAGGUUUUGCUAAUGUUAGCAAUUUCAAAGCUACAAAAUGUAUUUGAACAAUUAGUAAUAAUAGAUUGUGACUGGAAAAGUAACAAUAAUUACCUAUGGAUUUUUAUUUUGUGUUAAAUUUUAAUACAACUUACCUUCAACUUUGCUUUGGGCCUGUUUUCGGUUUUGUUUUUUUAAACCGACACAGAAACCAAUUUCUCUGUCCAUGUCAUUCAGAUUACUAAAUCACAGCCCCAUUUUAUAUGAAAACAAUGCUAUUAUAUUUUCUAUGUAAAUAUUUUUUUUUAAAUUAUCCCUUUAGUAUUUUUUGUAAAUGAUGAAUAAAAUGUAGUGUGUAAAUGUACACAUUUUAAAAUUAUUUAUUCCUUAACAGCAAGCCAUACAGAAUUGUUUUUGUAUCCAAACACGGACAUAUAUGCCUAAAAGAAAUGUUCAGCGGAAUUAUUUUUUGUUACUGGGCAAAUAACUUGGCACUGAAAGAUAUCCUAGGUGCCCGACAGAAUUAUGGACAUAACCUAAUUAUUGGCGACACUAACCUCCUUAAUGUCUCAGUAUGUCUGGUCUAAUCCAAUGUUCUAUUGUUACAUCAAUUAAAAGGUUUCAUUUGAUAAAAAAAACCAAACAAAAAAAAAAAACAACCAGCCCAUCAGAAAAUUUACAUUUGCCAAUUUGCAGGCAGAGUAAAUAUUUUGGUUACAUUGAGGAUAGGUGGUUUUAACAUAUUUAAAAUGUGUUCAGAAUAAAUCUCAUUUCCUGGAUCCCAGCUGCUAAACUUUAUUGAUUGGGGAUCAGAGGAACGGAAAUGUAAUCUAUUGAUUGCUUACCUCGGUCAAAAUUGCUGUUGGAAAUUGAAGCUCAUUAAACAUUAUUGUCUGGUAUCUGUUGUUUCAGUGUUACUGCAGAAGUGUGUCUCUACUCAGGAUAUAUCAUUUAAAAGUAUCGGGGAAAACAAAUAAUUUUGUGUAGUGGUUUUGGUUUGUAAUGGCAAGAAGUGCCCUGGCAUCCCUCCAGUGUAGUAGCUAAACCAUGUAAGAACAAUUUAACCCCUUAAAGUGAGCCAGCCAGUAGAAGGGAUCUCAUUGCACCAUAACAACUUACGUUUUGAAAAAGUUGUUAUGGUGCCUCGAGCAUUCCCUUAAAGAAUCACUAUAGUGUGAGGAAAACAAAUCCGUUUUCCUGACACUAUAGUACCCUGAAGGUCCCCCUUCCAUGGUGCUGAAGGGAUUAGAACCCCUUCAGUUAAUCACCUUCUUCCACCGCUGGGCGCUCUUAACUCUCCUCCCCUGCAGACGUCAACGGAGCGGAAUGCGCAUGCGCGGCACUGCCACGCGCACAUUCAAAGUGUCCAUAGGAAAGCAUUUUUCAAUGCUUUCCUAUGGACGCUCUGCGUGAUGGGAGGCAUUAAAUGCCUCCAGUGUCGCAGAAGCGCCUCUAGUGGCUGUCCGGAAGACAGCCACUAGAGGCUGGCUUAACCCCAAAUGUAAACAUGUUUACAUCAGGCAGGGUUAACCCUAGAGGGACCUGGCACCCAGACCACUUCAUUGAGCUGAAGUGGUCUGGGUGACUAGUGUCCCUUUAAACAGAAUACAAUCAGGACGAAUACAUUAAUCUAUUGAGCAGUUAAAGAAAUAUAGCUCCUAAGUUUCAGUUUUGUUUAUUAAUAAUUUAUGUAUUUUUUUUUUAUAUUAUACCGUGUUGUCGUACCAUUUUAGAGAAAAAUUUAAAAAAUACAAUAUAUCUUUUUAAAAAAUAUGUCAUGCAUUCUCAUAAUCCAACACAAAGACUAGAAUCAAAAGUAAAACAUCCAAAAUGGUUUGUUACAAACGCCCAGUCUAAGGAAAACCUUGGCCAUUAUGGGGUUAACUAAUGACACUCUAGGCACCCAGACCACUAGAGCUCAUUGAAGUGGUCUGGAUGCACUGUCACAGGUCCCUUAACCCUGCAUUGGUAAUUAAUUACAUUUAUGGGUUAACUCCACCUCGAACGGCUGUCCCCCAGACAGACCAUACUUCCGGUUCAUUAGGAGAGUUUUGGUUGUCACCUGAAACCCCCCAUAAGAAAAGUCUUACUGCAAUGGACCACACAUCCCGGUUGAGAGAGUACUGAUCUUGUGAAUAGUCACGUUUGUUAUUUGCACAAAUUGUUUUACCAAUUUCUUGCCUUUAUACCGUACAUGUAUUCAUGUGUGUCUUAGCAAUGUUUCAGCCAAACUUGUCUUUCAAGCUGACUGUUGUGUUUUGAAAUUUUUCCUCAACAGUUUCCUGGAGGGUCUGGACCUUCUUCACUUCUAUCUAA